AUGGCAGAGGAGGAAGGUAGUAUGGAUGAGGAGGAUGUGUUCCUGGCUUUUGCCCAGGGUCCUUCUCCUCCCAGGGGUCCUCUUUGUCAGGCCUUGGACAAGGCCCUCUUUAUCUUCCUGGGCCUGACACUACUGAUGCUGGAUGCUCUUUCUAAGCUGCUGUGUUCUCUACCAUGGGCAAAGUUUGGGGACUGGCUCCUGGGAACACCUCAGAAUGAGGAGGAGCUGGAAUUGUGA